AUAUUAUUAAAGAAUCCACCACGCGCAUAUACAGGCGCGUGUAACCAGAAUUCACAACUCCCCAGCUCAUCAUUCAUCAAUCAUCCGACCUGUAAAAGAACAGCAGCAGAUCCCAUUCCCUUCAUGGAAUUCACCGCACAAUAGACGGAAGACACGUGUCACUAUGUCGCCCAACUGGCUGUCUGGCUCCUUUGCUUCUCUUCCCGGCCAAGCCCCUUCUCAAAAGUCAAAAAUCAAAACUUCAUACAAAACAAAGCUCAUCUCAAAGAAGCUAAUUCAUUUUUCCUUCCCUUCUCCUGAUUUCUUUCUUUCUUCCCUCCCCGUUUCCAUUCCCCCCGGCGCCAAUUGUGUAGUUCCAUAUUGAAAGGGAUUUGCAGGAUGGGAAAUGCCCUGAGAUUUCUCUACCGCAAUUGCUGCAAGCCCGCAACAGCAGGUGACUAUGAACCUCCCCAUGGCGUCGCUCCACCCACGGCAGGCAUUUCAGCUCUUGCUCACGACUUGUUGCACUUCGAGAGCACCUCCCAGGUUCCAGAAGGAUUGACUAAGCACGUUGUCUCGUCCACGAAAGCUCAAGCUAAUUGGUACAAAAAGCUAAUAGAGGCAUGGAGAGCAGCAAAACCACCUCCCAGGACGCCUGAAGAAGCUGCAAGGCUCGUGAUCCAGACCCUGAAGGGACACAAAAAAGCAGAUGUUGAGGGUUUGCUGGCUUUCUAUGGCCUACUACUUCCUCAUAAUCCCGUCGAAGUAACCCAUGGACAUGGUGUCCCUGCAUCCUUGCCAGAAGGGGUGAAGUUUGAGCUGCACACACUACCAGUGGAUGCGAAGGCAGUACCAGAUGGAGACACCAUAACAGUCUAUGUAAGCACUACCGAUCCCAGGGAAUCAACCUGCGUACCAGGAGAUGUUAAAAUGGCUGCUGGUCAAAGAGCGAAAGCACGAGCAGAGAGGAACUAUGAAAAGGCUGAUGCACUGCACAAGAAGAUUAUUGAUUCUGGAUAUAGCAGGGUACUGAACAUUCAAAAUGAGGAGGUUCUUGCAAGAAAGUACCGCAUCCGGCUAAGGGGAAUAGAUGCACCGGAGAGUUCAAUGCCAUAUGGGAAAGAAGCGAAAGAGGAGUUGGUUAAGCAUGUUCAAGGCAAGUGUUUGAGAGUCCUUAUUUAUGAUCAAGACCGGUAUGGUCGAUGUGUUGGAGACAUAUACUGCAAUGGUUUGUUUAUGCAGGAAAUCAUGCUCAAGAAAGGACUCGCAUGGCACUAUACUGCCUAUGACAAACGUUCUGAACUGGCAUCAUGGGAAAAGCAGGCUCGAGCAAAGCGUGUUGGGUUAUGGGCUUCGAAGAACCCUCAAGAGCCAUGGGAAUGGAGGAAAAACAAACGUGAAGGAAGAUGAAAGUUCAUAACAUUGUAUUCUUUCUGCACCCAAACCAGACUGACUAGUGACGACCAAUUAUCAAAACGAUUACCAAACAACAGCACUGUCCCAAAUGUAGCAGUCCGGGUUUAAUUUAGUUAAAGUAUCAACCAGCAUUUGUAAUGUCGCAGUUUCGGCAUGGAUCAGCACACAUUCAUGUUAAUAAAGAUAUCAACUUAUUCAUGAAUCAACAUUUCCAAUUAGAAGUACACAAUAUGAGAAUGAGAAAUGCCCAAAAUUGGAUCG